AAAACAGCAGAAACAGCAGCAGCAGCAGCUCUUUCUUUUUUGUUUUUUGCUUCUUAGAAAAUAAAAACAUUUGUUCAAAGGGAGGGGAGGGGAGUGAAAUGAAUCAAAUGUGAUGGGAAGUGGAGUUUCCACGCUCUGCCCUUGCUUUAACCCGGUGACACACCGGUCGAAUCGGCAGCCGGAUAAUCAAGCGGACCUGAUCUUCGCUGCAUCAGAGCCGUUGGAUGAAACUCUAGGCCACUCCUUUUGUUACGUUCGAUCUUCAAAUCGUUUCCUCUCUCCGACUCCAUCUGAUCGCUUCGUUUCUCCUUCGCACUCUCUACGUUUCUCUCCGUCGCACGACCCGAAAACCCGAGUCGGACCCGAAACAUUGUUUAAAGCCAUAUCCGGAGCGUCCGUGAGUGCUAAUACGUCCACUCCCAGAACUGUCCUUCAACUUGACAAUAUUUACGACGACGCCACUGAGAGUACCCUCGGUUACGGCGUUAAGAGCAGUAUCGUUAGCGGGAAUGGCUUCGAGAGCACGUCGUCGUUUAGUGCCUUGCCACUGCAGCCGGUGCCACGUGGCGGAGCUCAUGACCCGGUGGAGCGGGGUGGUUUCUUCAUGUCGGGUCCGUUAGAGCGCGGGGCGGUGUCCGGUCCACUGGAGGCCAACGCGGGUCCCGAAGGGAGAGUACAUUUCUCGGCACCGUUGGGUGGCAUUUAUGUGAAAAAGAAGAGGAAGAAGGGCAUUUCGGGGAUUUUGAGAAAUUUAUCUGAGAAGAAACGGCCCUGGGUGGUUCCGGUGUUGAAUUUCGUCGGGAGAAAGGAGAAUUCCGAGGAGACGGAGGCUGCGGCAGCGGUGGAGGGGAAGACCGAUGGGGAUGUGCAGUGGGCGUUAGGGAAGGCAGGGGAGGACCGAGUCCACGUAGUUGUUUCGGAGGAGCAAGGGUGGUUGUUCGUUGGGAUUUACGACGGUUUUAAUGGGCCGGAUGCACCCGAAUUCUUGAUGGGUAAUCUCUAUCGAGCUGUUUUCAAUGAACUCCAUGGUCUCUUUUGGGAACUUGAUGACGAAACUGAAAAUGAAGACGACAAUGAAAAUGAAAAUGAAGCUGAAAAUAAAACUAACCCAUCCAACUUAAUAAUAGCUACUGGUAGUUUAAAUAAAACUGACAGUGAAACUGAGAAUCCAAUUCCGAAGAAUUCUGUUGAGGAGGUUAAGAUUGCAGGGGAGAUUGAACCGAGUGGAGUGGUACAAGAGAGGACGAGGAGGGUAACAUUUGAAUUGGAGGGGACUGAGAUUAGGAGGAGGAGGUUGUGGGAGUUUCUAGCCGAGGAUGACCCCGAAGAUGGGUUGGAUCUUUCAGGGUCUGAUAGGUUUGCGUUUUCAGUGGAUGAUGCAAUUAGUGUAAGUAAAGAGAGGUCCGCUGUAAGUAGGAGGUGGUUGUUAUUGUCGAAAUUGAAGCAGGGGUUGUCGAAGCAUAGAGAGGGAUCAGGGAAUUUGUUUUUUCCAUGGAGGUUUGGGUUGGAAGCGAAGGAGAAGGUUGAGGAGGUAGAUAAUAGAGUGGAGGAGAGGGUUCAAAAGACUGGGAGGAGAAGGAAAGAAGGUCCAGUUGAUCAUGAAUUGGUUGUGGCAGCGUUGUCGAGGGCUCUGGAAGUGACUGAGCUAGCAUAUUUGGAUGUGACAGAUAAGGUGCUUGAAACGAAUCCAGAGCUUGCAUUGAUGGGUUCGUGUUUGUUGGUGGUUUUGAUGAGGGAUGAGGAUGUGUAUGUGAUGAAUGUGGGGGAUAGUAGAGCAAUUGUUGCACAGUAUGAAUUAGAGGAAGUUGGUUCCAGUAUGGAGGGAAGAAAGCAAGAGGAAAAUGGAUCAAGCAUGGAGGGUAUAGUGGAGGAGACAUUGACAGUGGGCGAAAAAGCAAUUAAGCCAGUGAACGAGACUCCUGCUGAGCCCAUGAGACUGACUGCAUUGCAGCUGUCAACUGAUCAUAGCACGAGCAUUGAAGAAGAAGUGAUAAGAAUCAAGAAUGAGCAUCCAGAUGACAGCCAGUGCAUUGUCAAUGGCAGAGUGAAAGGUCGACUUAAAGUAACUAGAGCAUUUGGUGCAGGAUUUCUGAAAAAGCCCAAGUUGAAUGAUGCAUUAUUGGAGAUGUUUCGAAAUGAGUACAUUGGUACUGCACCAUAUAUAUCCUGCUCACCUUCUCUUUGUCACCAUAGACUUUGCCCAAGGGACCAAUUUUUAAUCCUCUCAUCUGAUGGAUUAUAUCAGUAUCUGAGCAAUCAGGAAGUGGUUUCUCUUGUUGAGAGUUUCAUGGAGAAGUUUCCAGAUGGAGACCCUGCACAACACCUGAUAGAGGAGGUUCUUAUGCGUGCAGCCAAGAAAGCUGGCAUGGAUUUCCAUGACUUACUGGAUAUCCCACAAGGAGAUCGAAGAAAGUACCACGAUGAUGUUACUGUCAUGGUGAUAUCACUGGAGGGAAGAAUUUGGAAGUCAUCCGGAAAGUACCUAUGAAAACUCUCCACAUGCGGCUCAAAACAAACGAAGUUCUAUGUACAAGUUACUCAGAACUCAAAAGUUCUUUGCAAGCACUUGUCAAAUGUGGGUGCUGGUCCAUUCUUCGUGGGUCUCUUCAAAUGGGGUGUUUUUUUGGGUCUUACACCAUUAGCUUACAGUUGAUAGCAGGAAGUCCAGAUGAUACUAGCAAAUACUAAUGUUAGGUAGUCAUCAGGAGCUGAUUAGAUGCCUGAAAUUUUGUUUCAGGAUAAAAGAAAAGGAAGGGAAAAAAAUUUCUGCAUAUGGAACAUCCAGGAAAUGCUCUUUAGGGACAGAAAAGAAAGAGAUAAUCUUUUUGUUUCUCAUUUUCUUUAUUUUUCCUUUAAAGAC